AAUAGGUUAUACACAGGGUGAGUGACUCGUGACACUAACGGCCUGUAUAGUUGAUACCACCACACUUCAGUAUAGAUCUCGUCAUGAACACUAUCAAUGUACGUAAGGGGAAUAUGUCUUACUUAUUAUUUUUCGGGAUUUUGAUACUGUCGUCCUGCGUCAAUGCGGGUGGAACGCCAGACUAUGGUAAAGCUAUGGAGAUGUUGAGAAAUAUGGCAAACAGCGACCACGCCAGAAUGACAAGAACUACGUUAAUCACUGAGCUGUUUGAGGGUCUUCUUGGAUCGUCACAAACGUACAUCAAUAGACUCAAGGAUGCUUUGUCAGUGGAUAUGACUGAAGUGUCGGGAGAAAACUUUAAUAUUUCCGAAGAUUGUUUGAAUGAUGCAAAGCAAGUUAUUAUUGGUUUAGAAAGGAAGGAGCAAUGGGCCAUACAAAUGCUCGACGCCAUGGCCAAGCCUCCCAGUGACAUUCUGAGCGGUAACCUGUAUUGGACAGGAGGUUAUGAGGAGUGUCUGGCCGUGGAAGGUACGGCGUUUGUUAAUAUGACCAGUAAUACCGGGCCACAGUACCAGAUAAACGCCAGACAGUGUCUCGGGGUCCUACAACUGGGGAAACUCGGGGCGUACAUGGGAUUUUGUGUGCCAAAAAGAUGUAGUGUGGAGGACGCUAACAGGCUUGUUAACACAGCGUUUUCCGUGUUCUCCGACACCUAUCGGAUCACUGGUAUGGUCUGUCCCGAGGUGGAAACUGAGUAUGACACAAAAGCCAUCAUCAGCUUAUUGAUUUGCAGUAUCAUCGGUCUUAUCAUGGUAAUUGGAACCGGAUAUGACGUAAUAGUCGUAAGACGGACACACAAAGAAGGGAAUGAUAAUGUCAGCCCUAACGCUCAUACGACAGUUGAUAACAAAGGGGCUUCUCUAAACGAGAGUACCAGUCUUCUGAUUAAAUCAAAGUCUGAUAAGGCGAAGGAGAGAGAUCAAGGCAUUCUUGUGAAAAUCAUAAUGGCGUUCUCGGUGAUGUCUAAUGGAGAGAAGAUUCUAAGUACCGCCCAGGGCGAGGGCAGUCUGACCGCUCUAAACGGCAUGAGGUUCCUCAGUAUAUCCUGGGUUAUACUCGGCCAUUGUUUUAUAUUUUCACUUACUUCGCCUUCAAUUAAUCCACUUCGUUACUCUCAGAUGGUAUACCAUAGAUGGACGUUCCAGGCGAUUAUGAAUGCCUUUGUGUCUGUAGACACGUUUUUCACUAUGAGUGGUCUGUUGUUAGCCUACCUAUUUAUGAAGGACAUAAAGAAAAACAGGAAAAUGAACUGGCCGUUAUUCUACUUUCACAGAUUCUGGAGGUUGACCCCGAUAUAUAUGUUGGUGCUGAUGAUUGAUUCUACUUUAACCAAAUACAUGGGAGGUAAUGGCGGACCAAUGUGGCAGCGAGAAGGAACCGAUCCCUUCUGUGAGGAUUCUUGGUGGAAAAAUCUACUGUAUAUCAACAACAUAUCUGAUUUAACUAAAAUGUGUAUGGCCUGGUCUUGGUACCUGUCGAACGACAUGCAGUUUUUCGUCAUCAGUCCACUUCUACUAGUGCCACUCUAUCGUAAAAAGUUCGUAGGCCUGAUAGUAUGUGUGGUAGCAUUGUUUGCAUCACUAUUGACAACGGGAAUACUCAGUACUCAUAACGAAUGGGCUACUUCCCCCCUGCUACCAGGCAUGUCACAAGCACAGUCCGAUUCCUACAGUAACGAUUACUACGUUAAGCCCUGGUGUAGGAUCAGCCCGUAUAUCGUCGGUAUAUUAACCGGAUUCGCUCUCCAUGAGUGUGAAUGUAAAUUCAAACUCAACAAGUGGUUAAAUCUACUGUGUUGGUUGGUUGCCGCUGGUGUCGCCUGUUCUGUGCUGUACGGAUUGUAUGGGCCGAUUACCGGCUCGUCUAUCAGUGUACCCGUGGCUUCCCUAUACAACACUGUGAACAGAGCCGCAUGGGGAGCAUGUGUCUGCUGGGUCAUAUUCGCAUGCGCAACAGGAAAUGGGGGUUUUGUGAAUACCCUUCUGUCUUGGAAAGCGUUCGUGCCACUCAGUCGUUUGUCGUACGCGGCUUAUCUUAUACAUCUAGUGUUUAUCACCGUCAUAGUGACUAAAGAACAAUACCCCACUUAUACUUCAGUUGUCAGCCAGGUGAUAUUCUUUCUCGGGAUUUUGGUGAUAACAUUCUUAAGUUCCUUCGUCGUGUCUCUCGCGUUCGAGUCUCCGAUGAUGGGGUUGGAAAAGGUUAUAUUUCCUCGAAAGAAACGUAACUAAUAACAAGUGAUGCGCUACUGACUCUGAGACGGUUAGAUGGUCGGAAUUAAAACAGAGGCUUUGGAUUUUGUUAAACCUGAACAACAUUUGUAUUACCAGAGGUACCAUUAACAAAUGUGACAGUGCCUUGUGUUAAAUUGGGCGGACGUUGUUCCUUGUAUUAAUUGUGAUCUGAUGUGACACAAACUAACAUGAUAUUACCGGACACUGUAAACAAGACCGAUAAUAAAACCUAAUAGCUGCCAA